AUGAACUUAACCGACUCCGUGUGGCUCUUGGAGGAGCUGUGGAACAUCAGCAGAGCGGACGAGGAGGACCAGAAACUUUUGUUCGGCAUCGGCACGGACAAUUUCAUCACGCUGCUGGUUUUCGGGCUCAUCUUCACGCUCGGCGUCCUGGGCAACUCCAUGGUGAUCACCGUGCUGGCCCGGAGCAAACCGGGGAAGCCACGGAGCACCACCAACAUAUUCAUCCUCAACCUGAGCAUCGCGGACCUCUCCUACCUGCUCUUCUGCAUCCCCUUCCAGUCCACCAUCUACAUGAUGCCGACGUGGGUCCUGGGCGCGUUCAUCUGCAAGUUCAUCCACUACUUCUUCACCGUGUCCAUGCUGGUGAGCAUCUUCACCCUGUCUGCCAUGUCCGUGGACCGGUACAUUGCCAUCGUGCACUCCAGAAAGUCCUCCUCCAUCCGGGUGGCCAAGCACGCUCUGAUCGGGGUGGUGGUGAUCUGGGCGCUCUCCCUGGCCAUGGCCGCGCCUGUCAUGUACUACCAGAACAUUUUCCACCGGGGAGAGAAUCACACCUUCUGCUGGGAAGUGUGGCCGUCUCAGAACCAGAAGAAGGUCUACGUGGUUUGCACGUUUGUGUUUGGUUACGUUUUGCCCUUACUGCUCAUCACCUUCUGCUACGCAAAGGUUUUAAAUCACUUGCACAAAAAGCUAAGAAACAUGUCCAAAAAGUCAGAGGCGUCAAAGAAAAAGACGGCUCAGACGGUCCUCGUGGUGGUGGUGGUGUUCUGCCUCUCUUGGCUCCCUCAUCACGUCGUUCACCUGUGGGUGGAGUUCGGGACCUUCCCGCUGAACCAGGCCUCCUUCGUGCUGCGCGUGGCCGCCCACUGCCUGGCGUACAGCAACUCAUCCGUCAACCCGGUCAUCUACGCCUUCCUGUCCGAGAACUUCAGGAAGGCUUACAAGCAGGUGUUCAAAUGUCAGAUCGGAAGCAGCGACUCCCCGCUCAACGACAUCAAGGAGAUCCGGAGCAAAGCGGACACGCCACCCUCGACUAAUUGCACCAACGUUUGACUGCCAGCGCGUGGCUUUUGGCACGAAAGUGAAAUAUGGCGACGGUCACACUGGAACAUAAUGCCAAGUCAUAGCGCGGGAGCCGUCAUUCAUCGAGUGGGUGUGUGGACUUUUUGAUGCAGCUAAAUGUGGCUGCUUUGAUGUUGCUGCAGCUGUACUGUUCCACAUAAGCGCUGUUCAUUAAACCAGGACGAGAGGAGAUAAAGCCGCGGUGGCUGCAGGACGUUAUUACUGCGUCUUUGAUCAGUGUCUGUCUCCAGCAUCUCCUCUCUUCAUAACCCGCGGAGUCUGAAACUCAGGAAAAUAAUCCUCUGUCUGAAGUCCGUCCGUCCAUCCAUCCGUCCAUCCAUCCAUUUUCUCCCGCUUAACCCAAGUUUGGGUCAUGGAGGCAGCAAGUUUAGAACGGUAUUCUGAACCUCCUUCUCCCCAGUAAGGCUUUCCAGCUCCCAGGCCAGAUGGGACAUAUAGUCCCUGUCUGAAGUGACAUUUACAAAUUACGUUUUUCAGGUUUAACAUAAGUCAGUCUUUAUUUUGACCCACAUUACGAUGUCAAGGUAAAAUUAUUGUCAUUUAAAAAAGAAAAAAAACAAAAAAAACGUGUUUAAAAAAAAAAGUUUGAGUGUUUUGUGACAGAUUCAAGAGCAAAAUGAAGGCUUCGUUACGUCCACACUGAAGGCUAGCACAACAACUUGUUUUCCUCUUUCUCCAAGAGGAUGCGGCGUGUGGGUGCAGGGUUUCAGAAUUGUGUAAUUGAAAGUUGUGUCGUAGCUUCUAGAAAACAACCAACCAUUGUCAUUGCACCCUGUGUAAAUAAGUCCUCCAUUUUGAACAGAUUUGGUUGUAAAUAUUACAGACGAUGAGGCUAAUAUAUGCCUGUUAAAGCCUCACUACAGUAUAUUCGGCUGUUAUGCUACAUUAACAGAUUAUGUUGUGUGGCAUGACCGAGCAGGGCCGUGCAACAUAUUGAGCUCGGUGCUCGUUUCUGCACCCUUUCUGGUCGCAAAACAAUCGAACAAGAGAUCCUGUGGAGAUCCUGAUGUUGUAUGCCAUAUGUAUGUGAUGUGCCAAGCCUCCACACAGUAGCUUUACCUCAGUAUAUUCAAACAAAAAUCAAUAUGAGACCUUUAACUUGGACCUACAGUAUCGCAUCAGUUUCGCGUGUGCAUCUUUGGAAGUUGUGGAGUUAAAGGAAUGGUUUUUUUUUUGCAUCCUUCAUGCACUCCUUAAGAAAAAAAGAUCAAACGUUAAGCUCUGUGUGGAUUCUUCUGAAGUUAGGCAACCCACGUUUCAAGGAAGGGGUCGAGCCCGCUGCAGGAUUUUGCUGCAACAGCUAAUAUGACUGAUUAACACCGGAGAGGAAGCCCUCAUCAGAGCAAACAAUGGACUCUCAUUCUCUGUCUGUCUGAGAGGAGCUGAGAUGAAUGUCAAAGACAGAGCGGAGGAGGUUCAGUUGAUAACUUUGCUCACUGUAGCACUGAAUGUACAGAGGACGAUUCUCAUUCAUGCCCAUGCAGGACUGAAGAACCUCUGUUUUAAGUGGCCCACUUGCAUGGAACUGUGAUCCAGGAGGAGCGCGGGACAUGUCUUGGUGUAUGUGAGAUCAUGGUGGACACAUAUCACAAUGGGAGGGACUGUAACAUCUCUGGUGAAUGAAACUGAAGUGGAACACAACUAGCAUUCGCUUUAAAAUACACAAUUUAAAGAGCACAUGUACAAAAGAAUGUAUUUUGAACAGAAAAUGCCAUUAUUUUUUUUUUAUUUUGCAGCACAACUUACCUUGUAAAUAUUACAUGGUACUAACAUAAUGCAUACUGCAUACCGCAUACAGAUGUGUCAUCAAACACUGCUGUUCUGCCACUGCCCUUGACGUCGCGUACAGACAACAGAGACAAGGUACAUUUCAAUGCCGCAAUGAGCCGCGCCAUGCUUUCAACUAACUCUGAUAUUUAACACCUCCCUCAUUACACGCUCAGAACAAGUCAGGUGCUGUAAAGCGACCGAGUAAAACAGAGGCCAGGAGAACGCUGUUCAUGUCAUCACGACAAAAUGUGUUCCUGGAGACACCAAUCGCAGCGGGAACUGCCACGGAAGCAGUUUUGAUUACCUUCUCAGGUGUGUCUGUGUCUGCGUUCGAGUAGUUCAGAUCAAAAUGAGAGCUGAUUUCAAAGAUGGGUAUGGUCUAACACCUGGGUACUGAGGACUAAUGUAAUAAUAAUAAUAACUGAGGAGUUUGGGUCUUAAUGGGAACAUGUUACAUCGCAGCUAAUGCGAUCCAGCUGAUGGCUGCGGGUAGAACUGAUGUUUCAUUAGAGUGCUGUGACAUUUUUUUUUUUUUUCAAGUUCCCAGACAGGAAAUUGGCAAAAAGUUGCCAGAAAUAUAGUUGAAAUUGAUAUUAAACUGCUUGGGAGUAGUUAUGUAGUUUUGGGAUCCAAUUUAGGAACUGUCACACAAUCAAAACUGAUGUUAAUGAAGAAACUAGACACAUUUCUGAGUAAUGUCAUAUAACAUCACCUAUGAUUGAGGAGCUGUUGAUAAAUUUAACAAAUGACAUUUCAGUGUAUCUGUCUUAACCAGCUGACACUAGAGUUAGGCGUCGUAGUUAUGUGCCUCCGAGCACCAGUCAAGCUGAUGUUCCUGAGCUCGUGGUGAUUCUAAGUGCUUUAUCGUAGCCAACAGGACUUGUUUCAGUUUCAGCUCUCAUCCAAGAGGCUACUUCAGUUCUAACUAACUGGAGAGGAGCUGCAGAGUUGUUGGGAGUCGGUAGGGCCGCUUGUGGGUUGUUGACCCAACCGGCCGUCAUAAUAUUAAUAAUUCAUCGGUUACGACCAGAACAUUUUUUUUUUGUCACCACUGAGUUGACGUUGGACCUUUGUGGUAUAAAAUGUCUUCUCUUCUUCAGUUUAUCCAUCUAGACAUUUGUGUAAAACAUUUUGUCAUAAACUGUUUUGUAUUUUGUAUAAACUGUUGAGUCGUGGCCAACAAAAAUUAGUUUUCGAGAGAUCCGAGUGAACUUGGCCUCUGACCACUCAAAUCAGUUCAAUUCAGUUAUAUAAUAGUCAAAUCUAGAGUCCAAGUCCAGUUUGAAUAAAUUCCCUCCAGGCAUUUCUGAGAUAUCCUGUUCACAAGAACGGGACGCCAUGAGGACCUUGACCACUGACCGCCAAAAUCUAAUCAGUUCACCCCUGAGUCCGAACAGACAUUUGUUUUGAAUUUGAAGAAAAUUUCCCCUCGAGGUGCUGACAUCCACCAGAAAGGGACGUGCUGAGAACCAUACAGGGUAACCUGAAAAACAUAAAGCCACCGGUCACAUUUAUCACUGCAACAUGUAUGAGAAAUUCCCGCUGAAAUAAUGGCCAUUAGUUUACAGUGACAGUACGCUUCCAUCAGGUAAAAACAGCGACCAUGUGUGAUAAAGCUCCCUUAUUACAAUCUGCCAUCCGCCCCCUACUAACAGUUAUACUGUUAAGCAUAAAUCAUUACACUCUGUCUAUCUCAGUGUUAAAACAGAUGAAAAUGUGAAGAGAGAGCAUCUGUCUGUUAGCUAGAAGAUCUUUGGCUCUUGACUGAACGUGUGGGUGCGCGCUCUGCAUCCAAUACCCCGUACGGAAACAGUUUUUACACUGUAAUUUGCUGCAUUUUAAAGCAUUACCUUUCGCUUUCAGUCGUCAUCAAAGCCGGAGGAUUUCUCUUCGCACGUGACACUGAACACUGCAUGUGAGGGCAAACUCUAACGCACACGGAGCAGCUGCGGAGAGAGGACGUGCGACCAAAGGUGCUCUUUCUCAGUGAGGGCUUCUUGAAGGAUUCACAUUGUUAUUUAUUCAUUCAUUCACUCACUUAUAGAUGGUAGUGUUUGUACAGCUUUUCAGUGCUCUCUGCAGUUUACUGUGAUUGUUCUGUUUGUGUCUCUUCAACCUCGUGUCCUGUAUUAACUUAGCAGUGCUGUUGAACUACAUCUUUUACCAGAAAAGAAAAACAAAACAAAAAAAAAAAAAAAUAGUCAUUUUCUUGUUGUUGAAUCUUUGUGUGCUUGAUAUGCAACACGUGAGAAACAGUAAAGUAUCUGAAGUGCUCCAUCUGGAUGACAUUUUGAAAUACAUCCAGGCUUUUGAUUGUGUCUUUAUGCAGUGCUAUGCUACAGAUAUUAUAUAAAUAUGGUAAACUUGUGGUAUUUCCCUGAAUAAAUCUUUUUAUUCCAUGAA